UUCCCUAGUGCAUGACAGUGACAUGAAUGAUUUCACAGUUUCACAGUGACAUCAAAAUUGUCAUCGUCAAUUUGUAAUUUGGAGUUUGUCUGUGUGUGACUCGUAGAAAUACAAUUAAUUUUUGUAGCUUGUCACCAAUAAAAUAUAAUUAAAAACACAAUGGGAUCAUCUGUGCAUAAAAUCAUUGUUAUAGUUGGAUUUAUAUCGUUAUUCCAUUCCGCCUUUUCAGCUGCCCAACAUCGGUCUUACCUGCGGAUAACGUCUCAAGAAUUCACAACCUUGCCUUUGGAUAUUGUCGUUCAGGCUGUAGCCAGUUUGUUUGCUGUGAUGUGGGGAGUGCUGAACGUGGCUGGCAACCUCCGAGAGAUUCCAGCAGCCGCUGAACUGAACACUGUUAAAUGGGAGAACCAGAGGAACCUACCAUCUUUCUACAUUUUCAACCACAGAGGAAGGGCUUUAGCGGAUAAUUAUAUGCCAAGUGGGGGGAAAUGUGAAUUAGAGAAUGUAGAGUAAUAUAGUAGACAUUUUUUUGUAUAGGAAAGUCAUUUUUGUUAUGUUUUAACACUGAAUAACUUCUUCAUAAUAUAAUUAGAUAUUGGGGGAAGUUAUGAGCAAAGUUAUGUAUUGAACUGAUAACUGAAAUCAAAAGAAUGAAUAAAUCAACAGUUUUUCCCUUGAUACUCAUAAUUUAUGAACAAAAUUAUACUGAACAUGCAUAAGGCACCAACAUGCUAACUUCAGAUUGGCAAAGAAAAAUGGCAAGAACUGUAGUUUUGUAUAAUUACACUUUAUCCAGUUUCUGUUAUACAGAAAUACAGAUAAAAUACUUGUCUAUCUAUAACUUAAUAUUUGUAUCAUAUCAUCUGCAUUUAAUAAGAUUUUUCAUUGUUUUUCAACUCUCUUUAUAAUGACUUUGCUAAGUUUUAUGUUCCAAGGUGAUAGCAAGAUUCUACAAAUGUAUUAUAAGGAAUACUUUAUUAUUUAUUUCAUUUCAUUAUAAAUAAUUUGGUUAAAAUAAAAUAAAACAACUCUCGUCUUAAAA